CCCCGCUCUCGGCCGCCCUGCGCAGAUCUCAGGAAGCAGGCGAGGCAGCUGGAGAACGAGCUGGACCUGAAGCUGGUCUCCUUCAGCAAACUCUGCACCAGCUACAGCGGCACCCGAGAUGGAAGGCGCGACAGCUCUGACACAACUCCUCUCCUAAAUGGAUCAGGCCAGGACAGAAUGUUUGAGACCAUGGCUGUGGAGAUUGAACAACUUCUGGGAAAGCUUACUGGGAUAAAUGACAAAAUGGCAGAGUACACAAAUAGCGCAGGAGUCCCGUCCCUGAAUGCUGCCCUGAUGCAUACGUUGCAGCGUCAUCGAGACAUCCUGCAGGAUUAUACGCAUGAAUUCCACAAAACCAAAGCGAACUUUCUGGCAAUACGAGAAAGGGAGAAUCUGUUGGGAUCAGUACGAAAAGAUAUUGAAUCAUAUAAAAGUGGGUCUGGCGUGAAUAACAGAAGAACAGAACUAUUCCUGAAGGAACAUGAACACCUUCGAAACUCAGAUCGACUGAUAGAAGAAACAAUAAGCAUUGCCAUGGCAACUAAAGAAAAUAUGACUUCGCAGAGAGGGAUGUUGAAGUCAAUACAAAGCAAGAUGAAUACCUUGGCUAAUCGGUUUCCAGCAGUGAACAGCCUGAUUCAAAGGAUCAACCUUCGGAAACGACGAGAUUCCCUCAUCUUGGGCGGCAUUAUUGGCAUCUGUACCAUCUUACUGCUGCUAUACGCUUUUCAUUGA